GUCACGCGACCGGCGGGCCGCUGCCUACCCGGAAGCGGCGGCGGUGGCGGGAGGCCGGAGCCGUUCGGUCCCGGUGCCGGCGGGGCCCUGCCGGAGGGUCGGCUGUCCGGCCGGCCCCUCUCUCGGCCGUGGUAGCCCGGCGCCCAUGGCCCGCCCCACCGCGCCGGAGCCCGGCUCGGCGCCAUGGUGGAAUUACUUUUUCCUUUACGACGGUUCAAAGGUUAAGGAAGAAGGAGAUCCUACAAGUGCCGGGAUUUGCUAUUUCUAUCCAUCUCAGACUCUCCCUGACCAGCAGGAACUGCUGUGUGGACAGAUUGCCGGAGUGGUGCAUUGCAUGACAGAGAUUUCUGGAGUUCCUCCAAGUCUCAUUCGCCUGAGGAAGCUCAAGUUUGCAGUCGUAGUGGAUGGAGACUAUCUGUGGGUUCUGGGCUGUGCUGUUGAGCUCCCUGAUGUCAGCUGUAGGCGGUUUCUGGAGCAGCUGAUCAGCCUCUUCACCUUCUACAAUGGACCUGUGCACCGUGCGUACAUGGCAUUUUCUCGGGAGGAACUGAGCAGGCAAUGGGACAGAUACAUUAAACAUAUCCAAAAAAACACCAGUGACCUCCACAAGAUUUUCAAUUCUCUCUGGAAUCUGGACAAGACCAAGGUGGAUCCACUACUUUUACUGAAAGCAGCUCUCAUCUUGCAAACUUGCCAGCGGUCUCCCCAUGUCUUGGCAGGCUGCAUUCUCUACAAAGGCUUGAUUGUGAGCACCCAGCUGCCACCUCCUCUCACUGCCAAAGUUCUCCUCCAAGGUGAUGAGUCUCCAGGCCAGAGUGAGCCUGGAGGUGAGGAGCAGCGGGAGCCUGGUGAGCAUCCAGCUGCAGAGUACUGGUUGCCAAGUGCACAGCAGCAGUAUUCUCCGUUGCCACAGGGUGUCCGUAUCAUCCCUGUAUUCCUAACAGAAAAUGAAGUCUCAGUGCUCCGAGACUUUCCAGUGGAGUGGAUGACCAGGUCAUCCGUGUCCCCAGCAAGCCCUGGAGGAGAGAAGAAUGCUUUCUGCUCCCAGGCAGUUUCAGAAUCAACAGGAGCUCAUGAAAACCAAGACCUGAGUAAUAUCUCUGUGCAGGAGUCCCCUGAGCAACCUUCAAGCACAGCUGCACCAGAAGAUGCUGUGCAAUCAGGCAGCCUUGCGAACACAGGGCCUUUGAAGGGCUUCCCCCAAAUGGAAGCCAGAACAAAGAAUUCUCCAACUGCAAAACUGAGCACACCAGACAGCAAAAUCUCAGAGCUCCGUAGAAGAGCAUCCUUCCCAUCAGAAAGAGACACGAAGCAGCUGCCAAGCCCUUCCACACUCCAUACUGAUGAAUAUGCUCAGACUGCAGGUCCAUAUCUGGAAGGCUUUUUCUUUCCAAACCCUUACACCCGGGAGCAGGAGAGUCAAAAUGUGGGGAAAUCCCUUGCAGACUCUGAUGUUGAGCAACGCAGCUUCCAAAGUUAUUCUGCAGCCAGUGGCAGUCCAGCUGUUUGCUCUCCUGCCCAAGAGUUGAGCAGAAGGAAGUUGAGUGAACAAGAGCGAGGGACUCUGAGCCAAAAUAGUGUCCCUGGAGAAAGCAGUGGUGCAGCUGGUGACAAUGUGCGGGGUUUGGAUUGUCCAGCCACAGCUGUACAAUCAGAGCUCCAAAGCAGGAGGCAGCUGCCAGCUCUAGAGGUUCAGGAGAGUCUGUCCAGUGAGACAGCAGAGAACAUGCAGAGUCCCAGGAGCGGGGAGAGUGGCCGGCUGCCUCAGCUGGCCAGUCUGGGAGCCCAGGCUGGUGUGGAGUCGGGCAAGCAGAGCAAACUGGUUAAAAUGAGCUUGUACAUUCACUGUAUUAAGGGGCUUGUGCUCUCUCUGCUGGCUGAAGAUCACCUCCGAGAGGACCAGAGCUCCAUUGAAGAUGUGUACCACAGCAGUCUGGCUUCUCUAAACGGCCUCGAGGUUCAUCUGAGGGAAACUCUGCCCAAAGACUCCUCAUCCUCAGCCAAGAUAACCUACAGUUUCACUCACUAUGAUUGCGUUCAGAACGUGCUCAUGGCCAACCUGCCCCAUACACUGGGGCCUCUGGAUCGGCACUUCCUGAGAGCCGCUACACUGAUCCACUCCGACUUCAACCAGCUUCCGACUGCUUCAGAAAUGAUAAUUAGGAAUGCCUCCACGGCUGUGUACGCCUGCCGGAAUCCCGUCCAAGAAACCUACUUCCAGCAGCUGGGUGCUCCACACCGCAACUCGGGCGUUCCCAACCCUCACGACAGCGCAUUCAGCUUGCCGAGCAAGGCCAAGCAAAAGCUGCUGAAGCAUGGAGUGAACCUGCUUUGAACUGAUGCGCUGAGGCAAGGCGUCUCAGCCCGUUCAUCUCCAAUAAGUGAAAUCUCAAAGCCACUCAUUCCGUAGGAGGUACGAGGCUCUGUCCGAAGUCCACGGAGUCUCCAGCCUGCCUUGCCCUGGGGACGGGGCACUCUUACUGCCCUGUUCCUGCACCACGUUUUGUGCCGGGUAUUGUUGAUGUUAGCACUUACCAAAGACGGAAGAUAGAAAAUAGCUGUGUUGGGGUGCUUGGUUUACCUUGACUCUAGGACUGUUCGUGGUGCUCUGCUGCCACAGGCAGAGACUCCUGAAGUGCCUUGACCUAAAGUAAAACCUUUUCUUGCUCUAAGCUACACAGAGACCAGGCUGCAGGGCAGUACUGCAUUCAGACACGGCGUCUGCCUGGAGUUCUGUGCCUACCCUUGCCCUGUUCAGACUUGGGCUUUAUUUAUACCUCUUAAUCUAUAGAAAUAAUCCCCUGCCAUGAUGUAAUGCCUUGCCUUGAUUAACAAAGCCUGCAUGUUCUCAGACUAACUGGAAUAGAACAAGUGCUGCAAAACUCAUAAUCCUCCUACAGGCCUGAUCCGGAGGUUCUUACACUGUGGCUGAAUCUGGGAGAUCCUUGUCCCUUCACGCGUGCCUGAUCGGGGAUCGUGCAGCACAGCGCUGCCUUCCCCGCUGCCCGCCCUCGCAGCUGUAACCCGCCGCUCUCUCACAGGUUCCUGGUGAUGGUGGUGGUAUGAAUGCACUACACCUGCCCGCUCCUUGGCCUUCUCUUCCUCCUCUCCCUCCUGGUGGAGGACCUUGUUUCACCUCCUUGCUCUCGCUUCUCAAUUUGGCUAUGCUAUGUUGACAGAAAAGGCAAGUGGGAGUCCCUGAAGCUAAUGGGACCAAAGAGGCUCUCUAGCUCCUCGGCAGCUGUUCUCUUUCUGCUCAGACAGACGGUGUGUCCCCUCUCCACGCAGGCUGGGGGGGUUGUUGGUGAUGGCUGCUUAGACCUGAGUGACGGAUACCCGCGUCUGACUGCGCUGUAUGUUUCAGAGCCUGCUGCUGUUACGUACGCACCCAUCACUGUGAAAAUAAAAGAGUCUCCAAGGCUCCUCCAAGCACUAUAGAAUCAUAGAAUCAUAGAAUCAUAGGGUUGGAAGGGACCUCUGGAGAUCAUCCAGAGGAGAUGGAGAUCACCUCUGGAGAUCAUGUGUCAGCGACCAGAGUCAGGCUUACUGCGUGGUCAUCUUGUUCGUGAUUCCUGGUGUGAGAGUUUGGGGCUGGGUGGCCUGUUACCCUGAGUGAGCUCCAUGCCGAGGGCGAGUUCCUGCACUGGGGUUGAACAGGCGGUGCCUGUUGCUUCUAUCACUCCUGCAAAGCGGCUACUUCUCAGGGUCUGUGAAGAUGGCUAAAGGUAGAUGUAUUACUCGCUUCACCGUGAAAUGGUGAGCAGGCUUGUGUUGGUGUUAGCAGGGCACCCUCAGGAGCUGGACACGGUAAAGCCACCAUUGUCACAGCUUCUUGUUCCACUCUGACAGUAGACAGUUCCCAAGGUAGCUCUCCCAUUGCAGGGCUCCUCCGCAGACCUCAGCUGGGAAACUCGGUGGAGUCCAGAGGAGGAGCCAGCUGCUCGCUCAGGGGAUGGCUGGCCAUGGGUUGCCAUCUGGCUUCCAGCUGUGACAGCUGAGGAGGUGUUGCAGCAGCGGGAGAGCUCUGUGAUGCUGCUCCUUCCUCCCGCCAUCCUCCUCGUGGGGACUACGGGAGUGGAACUGAAGUGCUACCAGUUGCCUGUCGGCUCACGGCAGCGUAGAAGUGAAACCUCAUUGGAAAGCCUGAGCUACAGCCAUCCAGGAGACCUCCUGCCUCGGUGAUACCCGCGCUGAAGGGGGCACAGGGUAAGGCACGGCUUCCCUCAGUUAUGGACAAGCCGCUUCGGUUCUGGAGCGCAGCACAGAGAGGCACAUGUGGGUGAGGGAUGAGGUGGUGGGAAUAGCGGGAGGAAAGACGGUUGUGGGCUCCAGCCCUCUUGCGAUCCUCUGGGCUCCUCUGGUGUACUGAGCCGAGAGGCUCCCUCUGUCAGAUGCUGCUCCGUCUCCUCUCCGCACACUCAGCAGCCCUCAUCCCGCUUCCCUCUGCGAUGCUCGGGAGGCAAGGAAGCCUCGGACUGCCAGAAGGAGCAGCCAGACAGCAGGCAGGGCUGCGAGGCAGCUCCAGACCACUCCGCUCCCCCGAGGGAGAGCCUGCCGUCUCCUAGCUGGGUGUUUUGGGAAGUGGUUGUCUGCUCUAUCAGGAAACACGAAGAAGUUGAAGGAAAAGCCUGAGAGGGACAGGAGGGGGUUUUGGCACAGCAGCAAAGCACAAAAUAGAUGCUUUUGCCUGCUGUCAUCAGGAAUCUUCCCGCUACAAUCUGCUGUGCCGUCUGUCGGCGGUGGAACAGCUGGGGCGGCUUCAUUCCCUUUCGCUUCUUGAACUGCAUCUGGCCACCAGGACCUAUUUCUGUCCUUCGAUCGUUAAGAGGAAAGUUGUCUUGGGGUAGUGCAAGUGAAGAGCUCCAGGCCCUUGACUUAAUGGUUGCAUGGGAGAGAGGAUGUUUAAGAAUUGGCCAUUUCAAGUAUAUCGGGAUGAGGAGCAGCUGCUGCCCUGGCUCUGUCCCGUGAGCGUGGGAGAGUGCUGCUAACGACGGCCAGGGGCCUCGUGUGGAGCGGUUCCUGCCUUGCCAAACUGGCCCUGUGCUGGGGGUGAAGUCUGGCACUGGUUUUUGUGGUAUUUGGGCAGGAAUUGAGUGGCAGCCCAGCACACACACCCCCCCCCGGCCCCAGAGCUGCUCCCGACGGAGCUGCCUUGGCUGCGGCAGAGCAGGCAGCUGGAAGCGUUUUCUGCAGUGGUUCCUUUGAAGGCUCCCUGGCGGGCUGGUGGCCCUGCUGUGGAGCCCGGCAAGCAUGGCAGUGUGAGGGAGGGCUGGUGGCCCUGCUGGGGAGCCCGGCGAGCAUGGCCAGCGGGGGGGUAGGCUGGUGGCCCUGUUGCGGAGCCCCGUGAGCGUGGCCAGUUGGGGGGCAGGCUGGUGGCCCUGCUGCGGAGCCUGGUCAGCAUGGCCAGUGAGGGGGCGGGCUGGUGGCCCUGCUGCGGAGCUCGUGAGUGUGGCCAGCCGGGGGGGCAGGCUGGUGGCCCUGCUGCAGAGCUCCCCAAGCGUGGCCAGUGGGGGGGCGGGUUGGUGGCCCUGCUGCGGAGCCUGGCGAGCGUGGCCAGUUGUGGGGCAGGCUGGUGGCCCUGCUGCGGAGCCUGGUGAGCGUGGCCAGUGGGGGUGGCAGGUGGGGACGCGUCUCUUUCUCUUGCUGACCGGUGACAGUCGGUGACCUGCGGGCUCUGCAGUGCCCGGACCGAAGGGGUAUGGCAGAUGCAAGGAGAUCCAAAGCAGAUAUUCCCUGUGCUCCCUGGCAGCGCGGGCUGCGGGUGAAAUAGGGACUAGGGAGGCUGUAACUGGUCAGGACACAAGCGCUGAGUAUUUUGAAGCAAUGCCCUUGCUCACCGUAUCCCUUGCAAACCCAGGCCAGGCCCAUCCCCUUCCUCCCGUCC